AUGACGAGAGCAAUGGAAACCUUGGAGCAGAUCCAGGAAACGCUAAGCGAGAUCAACAAACGAACCCCGGAGGUGAGCGUUUUCAAGUUCGUCACCCGAGUGUUGCUAACGCUGGGAACCGAACACGCACCGUCGGCGCGGGAGGCCGGCCAUGGUCGCGGCAAGGAGCGGCCGUGCGCUCUGCGUAUGGACUGGGCGGCAUGUGUCCUGCCGCAGCACGGCGAGGACGCGCACUUCGGGCACGCCGAGGCCGGCUUCAUCGGUGUCGCGGACGGGGUCGGCGGGUACCGCGACUACGGCGUGGACGCCGGCGCCUUCGCACGAGAGCUCAUGGCGAGCGCUCUGGCGAAGGUGGAGCUGGCGGCCAGGGCCGGCAAGAUCCGCCGCCUCCGCCCGGCGGGCGUGCUGGAGAGGGCGUACGAGACGACGGUCAUCAAAGGCACGCCGGGGGCGUCCACGGCCGUUGUUCUGUCGCUCGACCGCUCGACUCUCAGGUGGGCGUACAUCGGCGACAGCGCCUUCGCCGUGCUCCGGCGCGGCAGGAUCGUGCACCGCUCGGCAGUGCAACAGCACCGCUUCAAUUGCCCGUACCAGCUGAACUCCGAUGGCGAUGGAGACAGCCUCACCGACGCGGAGGUCGGCGCCAUGCCGGUGAAGGACGGCGACGUCGUGGUGGCCGGGACGGACGGGCUGUUCGACAACGUGCACGACGACCAGCUCGCGCGCGCCGUGCAGAUGGCCACCGAGCUGGGCUUCUCGCCCAAGAACACGGCGGACAUCAUCGCGGGCAUUGCCUACAGCGUGUCGAAAAGCGAGCGGGCGUGCUCGCCGUUCAGUCUCGGAUACAGGAAGGCAUACGGGGAGGGAACUUACGGUGGGAAGGAGGAUGACAUAACGGUCAUCGUUGCGUACAUUGUCUCGAAGAACUCAUCAUCUAAGGAUGGCAUUUGUCUGAAGAAUUAG